AUGGGAGAGGGGGCAGGGAAAGAGGACUGUGGCCAAUGGGAUGCCAAUGGGGAGGGGCCACCCCUGGGACAGACCACAGAACCAGCGCCCCGGGGGCGGUGCCGCCAUUACCGGGGCCCCGCCCCUGAGCGCGGCCGGGGCGCGUGCGCCGUGCGCGCAGCGCCUGCGCGCGGGCGGCGCGGUGGAGGCGCGGGAGCGGUUCCCGAGCUCAGGGACCGGCCGGGCCGGGCCGGGCCGGGCACCGCCGCCCUGCAGGGCAGCCCCGCCGCCGCUCCCACCUCCUCCGCCUCUGCCUCCUCCUCCUCGUCGCCGCCGCAGCAGCAGCAGCUGACGCUGCUCGUGAUGCAGCCGGGCGGCGGCGAGGAGGAGGCGGCCGGGGCGGCGGGGGUGGUGCUGCAGCCGAGCGCCGACCCGCAGCUGCCGCCCUCCGCCAGCGGCGGCCUCAUGGUGUUCUACGAGCUGGGGGCCCCCGGCGAGAUCGAGGUGGGGGAGGAGGAGGUCGAGGCGGCGGGCGGCGAGAGCACGGCCAGCCUGGAGGAGCUGGAGGAGGAGGAGGCGGCGGUGCCGGGGGCUGCGGGCGGCGAGGCGGCGGCGGGCGGCGAGUGCAAGAGCUGCACGUACGAGGGCUGCAGCGAGACCACCACGCAGGUGGUGAAGCAGCGCAAGCCCUGGAUGUGCAAGCGGCACCGCAACAAGAUCUACAAGGACAAGUACAAGCGCAAGAAGAGCGACCAGGCCCUGGGGGGCGGCGGGGCGGCGGCCGCGGGGGGCGGCCCGCGGGCCGAGGAUAGUGCUGAAGGUUCAGUGUCUGUCACAAAACAGAGAACAGGAUCCAUUGGAGAUCGCCCAGCAAGACCUACUCUUUUAGAACAAGUAUUGAAUAAAAAGAGGCUGUCCCUACUCAGAAGCCCAGAAGUAGUGCAGUUUCUUCAGAAACAACAGCAACUGUUAAGUCAACAAGCUUUGGAACAAAGGCAACAGCAGUUUCAAGGAGCACCUGGUGAAGAAGCCAAGUCUCUGCCUGAGCUGCCUCUGUAAAUCCAGCUGUUUGUGCAACUCCUUAGUCACUGGUGAGAUUCAUUUGUAGAGCUGAUAGACAAAGGUGGGUGUUGUAAGUCAGGAAGAACAAGAGCAGAUUAGAUAAGGUUACAGUCACAAUUGCCUUGUUUUCUGCAUUUUAAGAGGGGUGUGGUGAAGAUACGUUUACAGUGAGAGAUGUUUGGAGUGCUGAUUUUAUGCUGAGGGAACACUAAUAUGAAAUAGCUAAGGAGAAACAUGUUUCAUCCUGAAAGUGCUCCUAACAGAGAGCUCCUUCCUGUGGCAACCAGUUAUGACUGAAUCUCCACAGAGACCCAGAGGAUGAUGUAUUUUGGAAGGGAUCUCACUAUGGCAUCAAGUCUGACACCCUGUUCCAGACAGGGACUGCUUGAACAAGGCUGCUCAGGGUGGUGAAAGUCUUGACACAGUACCUGCUGGAGACAUGGAAGGGAUUUCCUCAACUCCAGCUGAUGCUACUUUGGACGACAGUUGCCCUUUAUGCUUCUGAUACUUUACCCUUCAGACUGAGCUUGCCGAAGCAUUCUGAUGAGGAGUAAACAUGUUGGUGGAAUAGCAGCUGAUGGGAAGGGCAAGCACGUGCUGCACCUUGCAAUGCUACAGCCACUGCUGUGCCUGGGCAGCUUUUCCUAGGCAAGGGGAUGGGACUGACCCACCCAAGCAGCAGUGCCGUGGAAUGGCUCCAGGCAGUCAGGGUGUGAGAUUUGCUCCUGUCACCUCUGGAUGCAAACAGCACAUUAAUACUGGUGCUGCUGAAGAACUGGCAGCAACUGAAGUCAUCUUCUCUCGACUAUUUAAUAGGAAAACAAGUGGUCUAUAUACCAUGCUGAAUGUGCUUUAUGACUCUGCCUCAUUAGGCUCCCACCGCUGCCUGCUGAUGCAUGGUACUGCUCCACAGAAACUUUUAAGAGGCUAUGAACUGUUGAUGACUCAAAAAAAAAAAAAACCACUUUAAAAAUCUGCUUUCAGCUAAGUAGUCUUGCUGUAAGUGGUUUUAAAUCUCUCAGGAAGACUGUCUCCAAAGGCUGAGCAUUAAUGAGUAGAACAUUUAUAAAGACCUUAAAGUGACUACAGGUUUAAAGGUUCAUGAAGACCUUUGAGUAGAAAUUAUCUCCUUCCAAAGUGGGGAAGACAUUAGAGAUACAAAGUCAUAUUGCUGUAAAUUUUAAGAAACCUGAAUUUUAACCAAUUGCAAUUCGUAUAUACUAGAGAAGCCUGUAAAAGAAACCUUGUUAAAAAAGAAAGGGAAAUAAAUGGUUUAUUAGACUUACUUUUUAUCUGGGCAGGUGUCAUCUUAUUUACUUUUUUGUCUCAUCCACGUUACCGCUUCUCCCAUGUACUGUGGGCUUUGGGGAGGAGCUGUCAGCUUUUGUGUGUUUACACAGCACAGUGAGCUAAGCCUCCAGAAACCAUCACAAUAGGAAACAACUGACACAAUGGUAUCAGCCUUCCCAAGGGCUAAAAACAGAUGGCUGUUGCCAGAAUUGCCCAGAAUCAAGUGCUUUGAUCCAGUUUUCAGCAAAUAGUUAGAUUUGCUGAAAUUCAUCUCAUCCUAAUACAGGUGUUUUAAAUGGGUCAGAAGAAUCAUGCUCCAGAAAUGCCUCUUUCCUUAUUAGUAAGGCAGUUAUUAAAGUGACUACCUUAAAUGAGAUGCAUGUAUGGACUACAUGGAAGCCAAAUCCUAUUUGUAAAAUGAUUAAAGGUAGACAUAAAGGAAAGGAAAAACUGCUCUAAAUUGACCGACUUCCAUUUAAACCAAAAAAACACUUGCUGAGCAAGCAUCAUAACUAGGCUGGGAAAGUCAUAGCACUGUCAUUAGGGUUCCCUUCAUCUAUUUUUGAAUACAUCCAGUAUGGCAGUCUGCAUUUGAGCUAAUGACCCUGAGUUUGCCUUAUACUCAGUGGGAAGACACAAGCAUGCUCAUACAGGUAUGAGUGUAUUUCAUCUGCUUGAAAUACCUUGUGAUGAAACAAAUAAUGCCCCAGAAGAAGCUGCUUCUCUUCACUAGCCAUCCAAUUUUUCUCUGCAGCACUGACAGAAAACUGAGUUCUGGAACUGCCCAAGAGCAGAUGCACCUCAGAACAUUUCCCUUUGCUCUCUGUGAGGGAAAUGACAAUCCUGGGAAUGUCUAAAAGGAACU